AUGGAAAAUAACCGGACAAAAAGACAGUCACUGCUUGCCGUGUGUACCACAAUUUUAAGCAUAAAUAAACAGUCGCAAAAACAAAGACGCACAAUAACAGAGCUUUCUCUGCAAAAUAACUCAACGGCAAUGGCCACUCACUUGUACACCUCUUAUUCUCCAAUCACUACCAACACCAUCUCCGCUAGCAACAACAACAAUAAGAUUAUUUCUAUUCCUUUACUGUCUAGACAUGGUAAAGCAAUAGCCUCGCCUCUUUCUCUCAGAAGAACUACCUCACUUUCCAUAUCGGCAGUUGCAGGAACCACUGUUGUGCAGGUCGAUGGACCCGCAACCUCCAGUAAAGGGCCAAAGUCUUUGCCUUUUAGAGUGGGUCAUGGGUUCGAUCUUCAUCGGCUAGAGCCUGGUUACCCUUUGAUCAUUGGUGGGAUUAAUGUUCCGCACGAUAGAGGCUGCGAAGCUCACUCUGAUGGAGAUGUGUUAUUGCACUGUGUUGUGGAUGCAAUAUUGGGUGCACUGGGGCUGCCUGAUAUUGGGCAGAUAUUCCCAGAUUCUGAUCCCAAGUGGAAAGGAGCACCAUCAUCUGUUUUUAUCCAAGAAGCUGUGAGACUUAUGCAUGAGGCAGGCUAUGACAUUGGAAACUUAGAUGCCACCUUGAUUCUUCAAAGACCAAAACUGAGCCCACACAAGGAAGCUAUCAGAGAAAAUUUAUGUAAACUGCUUGGAGCAGAUCCUUCUGUCAUAAAUCUGAAAGCUAAAACUCAUGAGAAGGUCGAUAGCUUAGGCGAGAAUAGAAGUAUCGCAGCUCACACUGUCGUUCUUCUUAUGAAGAAGUAGACGCGACCUUUAAAAACUCAGAAUGAUUUGAAUGUACCCAUUAUACUUCAUCACCACUGUUAUUAGUUGUUUAGACAGAUGAACAUGUUGGUUCUUUUGAUCUUUCGGUUGUAUACUAGAAUAAUUUCGUAAUUUCCUUUAGUAAUGCGAGUUGGCUGCAAAGUCAGUUGCCAUUCUUUCUGUAUUAUUGAUAUAUGAUGGUAUCUGGAAGAAUAGUAUUACCAUUACAAUAAUUCUUGCAAUUUAAGGAUGGUGAUCAGUGAGGUCUCACCUGCUGGUUAUAGCA